GAGGGGUGCGGGUGACCCGGUGGCGGGGACACCUUCGACGACAGACGUCCUGACGCUACCCCGAGGGAGAGACACGUCGCGAUACGCGGUGUCCGCGUGUUUUCUUUGCCGGGAGCUUUUGGUCUACGCGCGGUAAAGGUCGCGGCUUGAAAGGUGGAGGGCCAGGGCACGACAAGAACGACGGAGACGAGAAGCGGCUCGGACGAAGGCCCGGAAGUGACGGGCCCCACUCUGAGCGGUCUGCUGGCAAAUCUGCCGUUAGCGGGCCCCCAGCGGCUCGCCAACUCUCUGCGACAGAAAUUUGCCAAUAAUUCUGGUAACCCCCGACCUGGCCUGAUGCGCGCCGCCACCUCCGUCGAAAAGCUCGAGGUCAUCGAGGUUACCGCCUAUUGACCUGGCCCCUGGGGUUAGCGAGUCACUGUGGGCCCGGGCGCUUCGCGCCUCUUGGGCCUGUGCAGCCAUGACUACGAUACCGAUAAUCAACAUGGAGUUCGGGGAGCUGAAGGAAGUCGUUUGGACGAAACUCCAGGAGCCGAAGUCGCAGCGCAAAUUGAUCCUCGUCAUCGUCUCGAUAGCCCUGCUUUUGGACAACAUGCUGUACAUGGUAAUCGUGCCAAUUAUCCCCGAUUAUCUUAAGUACGUCGGAGCAUUCGGCGACGAGCCAGAGACCAACAGCACAGUGACGGGUCCACCUUCUCAUCACGGCCAGGACUCGGCAACGGGUAUCCUCUUCGCCUCGAAGGCGAUUGUCCAGCUUAUGGUGAACCCCUUCUCCGGCGCUCUGAUCGACAGGAUCGGCUACGACAUACCCAUGAUGAUUGGACUGACGAUAAUGUUUCUGUCCACCGCCGUUUUCGCCUGUGGCCGAAGCUACGGCGUCCUCUUCUUCGCCAGGAGCCUCCAGGGUGUGGGAUCCGCGUUCGCGGACACAGCUGGUCUCGCCAUGAUCGCGGAUCGUUUCACCGAAGAAGCGGAGCGAUCGAAGGCGCUCGGAAUUGCCUUGGCUUUCAUCAGCUUCGGAUGUUUGGUAGCGCCUCCUUUCGGUGGGGCGCUCUACCAGUUCGCCGGCAAGGAAAUGCCCUUCCUCAUACUCGCCUUUGUCAGCUUACUCGACGGUUUCAUGCUCCUUCUCGUUAUGAAACCACUAAAGGAACAGCUGAAGGACAGGAACAGAGACAGAAGUCCGACGAUUCCGAUCUGGCGUCUGUUCAUCGAUCCCUACAUAGCGGUCUGCGCUGGUGCUCUGAUGAUGUCCAACGUCGCUCUGGCGUUUCUUGAACCAACCAUAUCCCUGUGGAUGGAGGACAACAUAACCCACGAUAAGUGGAAGAUGGGGAUGAUCUGGCUACCAGCCUUCUUCCCACACGUAUUCGGGGUUGUGAUAACCGUCAAGAUGGCCAAGCAGUACCCUCAGUACCAGUGGCUGAUGGCAGCCUGCGGUCUGGCGCUAGAGGGGCUGUGCUGCUUCAUAAUUCCAUUUUCGACCUCUUACAAGGUCCUGAUGAUACCGAUCUGCGGCAUCUGCUUCGGAAUCGCUCUGAUUGACACGGCUCUUCUUCCAACCCUUGGAUAUCUUGUCGACGUGCGAUACGUUUCGGUUUACGGUAGCAUUUACGCCAUCGCUGACAUUUCUUACAGCGUCGCGUACGCGGUGGGUCCUAUAAUAGCCGGUGGUGUCGUCGAAGCGAUCGGGUUCACCGCGCUUAACAUCGGCAUUGCCUUUUCCAACCUGUUGUACGCGCCGGUUCUCUACUACCUGAGGCACAUCUACGACUUCAAGCCCUUCCAGGACGAGGCGAAUGUCCUCAUGCAGGAUCCACCCGACAAAGAGUAUCAGACCUACGUACUUCAGGAGCAAAGACCGGUUAAUGGCGAGGUGGGAAACCACUUGACCCAGGGUAGAACAGAGACAAACAUUGAUCAGGCGUCAGACUACUCCACUGAUCAGUAUAAUCAGUCCCAAAACGGCUACGACGGAAGUGGAUACAACCAGAGCAGAGGCUACGAACAGCAGCCGCAAGGCUAUGGCCGGCAACCAAUGAGCUAUGGAAGUCAGAGUGGAUACGCAGCACCAGCGCAAGCUCCGCAACAACCAACGCAGCAGGCAUUCGGACAGCAACGAAACUACGGCCAGCCGGAACAGAGCUUUGGACACCAACCGAGCUACGGUCAGCAGAAGCAGCCUCAGCACGAGCCCCAAGGGGACGCGAAUCCCUUCAGGCGGUCUGUUGACCCCGAAAAAUCUGCCGGGGACAGCAAUCCGUUUAGACAGGGGAUGUUCUAGUCGUUUCAUGCAUUUCGAACUCCCUUAGUAAACGUUUCAAAAGUACUGAAUUAAGAACCAGAGAGCAAUAAUCGGACCACGCCGGAACGAUAUUGGACAGGUAUGAUAUUAUGCUGGUUUGAAAACCCGUGAAGAGUUCUUGUUCUUCUGGUGUGCGGAAGCAAGAUGUCUUCUCCGGGACUGCGGAGUGCCUGUGGAGAGUGAGUGUGAUGAGGAAAUAUCUUCACGCUGUUUAUGCUUCCCAAAUGAAUGUUAUGAUUUUUUAUCAAGUUAGUUGCAUUGUUAGCACUUACUGGGUCUCGUAUGGUUUAUUAGCUUAUUUUCAGGGAUUUGAGGCAAUAAUUUGUCCUUGGCAGGUUCUUAUGAGUUUCUU